AACCAACUGACAAUUCAGCGAUUUCUCCGUCGCACACGUCAUUUCAAUUUUCAGUUUUGUAAAAAUGGCUCAAAAGACGUGGCACACACUUUCAAUAAUAACACUAAUAUUUACCAUCUUAUCAAUCGUUGGCGAGUCUAAUUCUUCCACAGCAGCACCAUGGUACGAGAACCUACCCGCAGUCACUAUGGACUACAAAGUGCACAUCGACCCAGGCAAAGAAGAUUGUUAUUACCAAUACGUCCAGCCGGGUGCGACAUUUUACGCAAGCUAUCAAGUGUUGAAAGGUGGUGAUGGCAUGUGUGGGUUCGGAGUAAGACAUCCAAAUGGUAAACUGGUGCAUCCAUAUGAGUGGCGGCAAAGCGCUGAGUACGCAGACCAGUCGAGCACAGGGGGCUACUACGCCGUUUGCAUUGAUAACCAGUUCUCGAGGUUCGCCUCUAAGCUGGUCAAUUUAUACCUGUCUGUGAUUAGAUACGACAUGUGGGAGAAAUAUGCGAAGGAAGUGGAGGAACUCGAUAUGAAUAUCAAGAAUUUCACACAUUCCAUUCAAUUUGUGGAGCGCAAUGUCAAUGACAUCUUACAAUACCAGUAUCACUCGAGAGCAAGAGAAUCUCGGGACUAUAACUUAUUGAUGGACAAUAAUACCUAUAUACUGAGGUGGUCCUUCAUUCAAAUAAUAGCGAUAGCUGCAACAGGAACACUGCAAGUCUACUUUGUAAAGAAACUCUUUGAAGUUAAGGACAACUCUUCCAAAACAAGAAUAUAAUGUAUCUGUAGAUAGAUGGUCGACGGUUGUAACAUAAAGUACACAUUGUUAGCUCUUGACUGAAUUACUCAUUCCCUGUUACUUGUUUUGUCUUUGUUUUAAUAUGAUCUCUUUUUUUAACUCGUAAUUAUGACUAGAUAUUUUUAAACAACAGCAUGAACUUGUUUAAUUAAUAUUAUUAAAAUCUGCAAUCUGCUAACUUUAGAUAAAAUGCGUCCAAAUCUUAGUUUGAAUAGGAAAGCUGUUCUGGAAACUGUUACUUGAAAAUACAGUUUUCAAGGAAAAUGAUUUGCAAAGCUAUACAACGAUUUUUUCUCUAAUUCUUGGCACUAUAAAAUCUAUUAAAUUUAAAAUUAUUGUAUAAGAAUAUUUUUUCCAGUUAAGAUGUCACAAUAUGGCGGAAACUCAUUCCUAAUUUUUAUUUGUAAUACAUUCUGUUGAAAUUAUUUUAUGCACAAAAUUUAGAUAUUGUUAUUAAUUAAUAAACAUGAUUCUUUUAUAAGAUCAGACACAAAUAUCCUAGUCUUUAAAGCUCAAAUAACUAGUAUUAAACUAUUUUUCUUUAAAAAAAGUAUCAAGUGCAAAUAAAUAAAAGCUGUUGGUUUUGUAAAGGUUUUGUAUAAUUGGGGGCUCUAAUGCAAAAAGUCAUUUAGUCAUAAACAUUACUUUAAGACAAUAAUAAUGUUACAGUACUGGACAUGAAACAUUGCACAUCAAUUUGAGAAAGAGGAUAACGGUUUCGUAGAGGGUUUUUUUAGUCGUCGACAAAACGUCACAUAGGUUUGAGUGACACCGACGAAGCCCUACGAAAUGGAAAUCUCUU